AGUGACGCCGUGUGGCUGCAUCAGCGCGUGGUUGCAACGCGACAGCUCGCGCUGAGAGACGUGUUUCUCUUCUUCUUCUUCCUCCUCCGCCGCCUCCUCCUCCGCCACCUCCUCCUCUGCUGCUGUUAUUAUCACACUGGUUCCACAAUGGAGACUAAACCGGUCAUCACCUGCCUUAAAACCCUCCUCAUCGUCUACUCCUUCGUCUUCUGGAUAACAGGAGCCAUCCUGCUGGCCGUGGGAGUAUGGGGGAAGUUGAUGCUUGGCCCGUACAUCUCCCUGAUAGCCGACAACUCCACCAACGCCCCGUAUGUCCUCAUUGGCACCGGCACCGUCAUCAUCGUCUUCGGCCUGUUCGGAUGCUUCGCCACCUGCAGAGGAAGCCCAUGGAUGCUGAAGCUGUACGCCAUGUUUCUGUCGCUCGUCUUCCUCGCCGAGUUGGUGGCCGGGAUCUCUGGAUUUGUGUUUCGCCAUGAGAUAAAGGGAACCUUUCACAGGACGUACAAUGACGCAGUCCUGAACUACAAUGCUGAGGACGAGGCGAGCCGCGCUGUGGACAACUUGCAGCACAAGCUGCGUUGCUGUGGAGUGUAUAACUACAGCAGCUGGUUGGCCAGUGUGUAUUACCCCUCCAACGGUAUUCCUGCCAGCUGCUGCUCUAACUCCUCCGACUGCAACCAAGAGGACCUCCGCAACGCAACCAUAGCCCCGACCAAGGUCUUCCAACAGGGCUGCUAUGAGCUGGUCACUUCAUUCAUGGAAACCAACAUGGCCAUCAUUGCAGGAGUGACGUUUGGGAUCGCCUUCUCACAGCUGAUUGGCAUGUUGCUGGCCUGCUGUCUGUCCAGGAUCAUCACAGCCAAUCAGUAUGAGAUGGUCUAGCUGAUGUGGCGUGGCAGGGAGAUGAAGAGAACAAGAAACACUCUCGACACAUGACAGGAGUAAAUUCCCCGAAACACUCUCAAACAUCUAAAUUGGAAUUUACGUCCCUCCGUCUCUCUGCCUGUGAUCUUAAUGUAAUAUCUUUAUGUAUCUUAUUGUAAAGCACCAUUCCUUGACUCACUGCUGUUGCAUCAAAGCUUUCUGCAUCACACACACCGCUCUGCUGCUUGAUGUUUAUAGUUGCUCAAUAGCACAUAUCGUAGGCAUCUUAGCUGGUCCCAGAUACAUGACCGGGUGCUACUUGGCUUCUCAGUUGGACGCAGCAUGCUCGACCGAUCGCCAGCAGAAGACCGCCACACAUCUUUGUACAGAAUGACAUGACUAAAGCUUGAAGUAAUACUUUAAUAGAUUGGUUUAGUUUUGCAUUUUGCCUUUUGCUAUCGCUCACCAUUGUAUAUUCCUGCGGUUGUGACAUUUUGUUAACCGAUUAUGUGUACUGACGAUGAUAUUUUAAUAAGAAAAUUGACAACUGAAAGAAGAGGGGGGGCUUUUAGAGAGUAUUUUUUAUCUGUAGAUAUGUUUUUGACCCGAGUAUUUAAUUUAACUUAAAGGCGCAGUAGGAAGUAAGUUACAUUUUCAAUUGUAAUUCACUUUUUUAGUUAAAUCUUAAGAACAAGAAAUGUGAAUAUUUGCUGUUAAACGCCCACAUUAACUUAAGAUAACAGUAAAUAUUACUUGAUUUUGUCACUUUUUAACACACUUUUAAUUAUGUUUAAUAUCAAUUAAUUAGUUUUAAUAGGAAGAGAAAUAUAUUCAUAUAUAGGAAAUGUGAAGGCCCUGUCACACCAGACAGUGACAAACUCACAGGAACACGACUUCCCACAGUGACAAUUUAUGCAUUAGUGGGAUUUGUACUAUCAACCCCUGUCUUAUAAGUGACAAACUAACUAAAAGUGGACUGAGAAAUUCAGCUACAACAGACAUUUUUGACUUGUCGGUGUUGGAACAUUUACAGGUGUAAACUAGAAGAGCCCAGGGCCCAACAAUCCCAUUUAAUUCAAUCAAGCUGCACCAAAAUUCACACACUCAAAGAUAUCAGUUCCCCGAAUGUGCCUCUUUUUCCCCCUCGAAAUUCAUGAAUUAUUCAAUGGGGAAAUUGAAAGUGAAAGUGAAAAAAAUAAAUCCUGGAUUCAUCCUCUGAUCCAGAUCAACACUAAAAUGGAAUGGGUUUUUUCCGGACCCCCAACCACAUCGUUCCACCAUCCUUAGAGGAAAUCUGUUUUUUUUUUGUGUUAUCUAGCUUACAACCCAAUAAACGGACAGGGGUGAAAACAUAACCUCAUUAGCAGAGGUAAUGCAAUUUAUUAAGGCUCCAUUAACCAAGGAGCUAUAACUAUUAAGUGUCCCAAUAGUGAGAGGGCAUGGAGGGUGCGAGGACCAUGAAACUGCCUCACCUAAAUCAAACGCUGCCGUUAUUUAUUUUACUAAGUUCACCAGCUUUGACAAGUCAAGAUAUCUGCCAUUAAAAUGAACGACAGCUCUUUAUACUAUUAACUCCCUAAAAGGGCAGUUAUCAGCUGUCAAGACGACUUUCCAUUGGUCAAGGACAAAAAUGUACAUGUCGAGGCUAUAGUGGAAUUUGACGUGAAGUGUUGCCCCGGAUUUGACAUUAAGUAGUUUCAAAUGCUGGUGUGACAGGGCUCUGAAUUAUGCCUCUAACACCCAAUUACCUUUAAUGCUUCAGUGAGCAUCCAACAGCAUCAUUUGAAUGAACGCGUCUCAAGCUUAAAAAACAGCAGAACAUGUGAAGAUGGAUUGAAAAGCAUCGAGGAGUCCGAGGAUUUCAACAGUGUUCAUCUAGUAUUUACAGUAUUCUAUGUAGUGCAUCACCAUGCCUCCGUCACCACCACCAUCUGUAGAUAUGUAUUGGAAAUGUACUUUGUAUAAUGAAAUGUUUCUCAUUCUGAUAUGCUAAUGAUGUAAAUGUCGUGUCAAGAGUUUUGAUUCCACACAGUUUGUGAUGUUAAUCUGUAUUUGUUUGAUAGUUUAUAGGAAACUUGCACCUAAAAAAAAAAACAACUUGUGGCCAAUGUUUUGACAGUAACAUGUAAUCGUUUGAAUUCAGCUGUAUAUUUAUUCUUAUAUGAUUGGCAUUAAGUUUACAGGAUCACUGAGAGAUUUUCUAUCGCUCUUUCAGUAUGUGUGUGUCUGUGUCUGUGUGUGUGUGUGUGUCUGUGUGUGUGUGAGGAUGACCCUUCUGACCUGGUGUUGGCGUACGUUGGAGUCUAAUUUAAGCAUUUGAGAUCAGAUCGCUCAGAGCACACUCGGAGGUGGUGUGGGAUGCACGUGGCCACAGUGUUUUUGCAUGCGUGAUUGCGAAUGCAUCCUGGAACACACUGAAAGAUGGUCGACUCAGCUGACGUCCUCUGGCUCUUCCUCUCCUCGUCUGAAACACACUGAUGAUGGAGCAAAUUGUAUAGUCAGCGAAAAAAACAUCAAAUUAUCGAAGCUCCAUGUUUAUUGGGUCCGAUCACUCCCUCCAGACACCUCCUGAUGCCCGACGUGAAACGACGUGGAUCAGAUGACCUGAGACUGAUGUUAAAAUCCAGUUUGUGUGUUUGUGUGAGAGAGCGUCUUGAUUUCGUGGAUCCUGCCGUGUUCAGUUUUGGUCAGUAUUUGGUUGUGGCUUCUAAACAUUACAAAAACCUUGUUGCUUUUAAAGCUGUAAAUUUAUUUAGUGAAUGUGUGUUUUCCUGACUCCACUCUGAAACUUAAUUUUCCUUUCCUCGAGCUGAUAUUGUUCUGUAAAUACUAAAUUGUAAUACCAUCUACGUACACAGGGGGUCAUUAGAAACUCAAAAAGAAAUUGCACCAUCUACUAUUGACACCAUCAGUGGUCUUAUUAUCAUUAAAUAUACAGAAAACA